UAGGAGUCAGUUCAUAACUCAGUCCUGCCAAAACCAAGUCUAUCGCAGACAUCAUUGCAUAAGACACCAGUCCAUCAUGGCAUCAAAACCACUUCCACUUUCACAAGAGACUCUUGCCCAGUUUAAUCAGAAUCAAGCUGAAGAAAGUUCUGUGCCACGUCCAAGGGCAGGGUCUAUAUCAACUCGACGGAGCUCACAGUCGGUAGACCUAUCUCUCAAACCUUUAUUGCCUCUGAAGAAUACAGAGAGUCGACCAAGUGAACUGUCAAGAAAAAACUCAAUCACAAAUAAUCCAAAUGUUUCUUUUACACGGAGAGCUUCAAUUGCUGCUGGAAUGGGUCGACGUCUCUCCAUUGGACCCUGGAUGAAUUAUGGGAGGGUAAGCUUCACAGGUCUUCCUCUUUAUCAGCCUGCUAAGGAACCACAGUUUGAAAAUACUUACAAAAUGAAGCCAGACAAGGGUUGCAGAUUUGAUGCUGACAAAGUUCAGAAAAGUCUGGAAGCUGCCCUUGCUGUACAUCUGGCUGACACAAAGUACAAUCCAGCAACCACUGGGCAAAUGGCUCAGAGUCUGUCAGACAUUUUACGUAGAAAAGUUAAGGACCUAAUCCCACCUCGCUAUAAACUGGUGUGUUCUGUAAUUCUUGGCCAGAUAAACAACCAGGGAAUGCGGAUUGCCAGCCGUUGCCUAUGGGAUCCUGAGAAUGACAGUUUUGCUUCAGCUAUUUUUAGUAAUACAUCAAUUUUUGCUGUGGUCACGGUUCAUGGUUUGUACUGUGAAUGACUCAUCACAACAUGCAGGACAGCAAACACAGCAGAAUUUUUUUCCAGAAUAUCUGUGAUAUUGUAAGGCAACAGAAGACUGUUUUCAUAAUCUGCAACCAUGUUUGGUACUGUAAGAAAAUGCCUACAGUUAAGUCCACACUUAGUGUACUUGUGUUUUCCAAAUAGUGAUUCACAUUUACAAUUUUAUGAUGAAGUUUUAUGUUUAUGUUUAGUCUCCAUUAGUUAUUGAUUUUCAUUUUACUUAUUUGGGCAGCACAAAUAAACAACAGUAAAUGUC